AAUUUUCUCUUUCCUGGAUGUGGUCACUCUGUGUCGUUGUGCUCAAGUCUCCAGGGCAUGGAAUGUUCUGGCCCUGGAUGGCAGUAACUGGCAGCGAAUUGACCUGUUUAAUUUCCAGAGGGAUAUUGAGGGACGAGUAGUUGAGAAUAUUUCUAAAAGAUGUGGAGGUUUCUUGCGGAAGUUAAGCCUGCGUGGCUGUCAAGGAGUAGGAGACAAUGCGUUAAGGACAUUCGCUCAGAACUGCAGAAAUAUCGAAGUAUUGAACCUAAAUGGCUGUACCAAGAUCACAGAUGCGACGUGUACCAGCCUCAGUAAGUUCUGCUCUAAACUCAGGCACCUGGAUUUGGCUUCCUGCACUUCCAUAACCAACCUGUCUCUGAAAGCGCUGAGCGAGGGGUGCCCGCUGCUGGAACAGCUGAUCAUCUCCUGGUGCGACCAAGUGACCAAGGAUGGCAUCCAGGCGCUGGUGAGGGGCUGCGGCGGGCUCAGGGCCCUGUCUCUGAAGGGCUGCACGCAGCUGGAGGAUGAAGCUCUGAAAUACAUUGGUGCACAUUGUCCCGAACUGGUGACUUUAAACCUUCAAACGUGCUUACAAAUAACAGAUGAUGGUCUCAUUACAAUAUGCAGAGGAUGCCACAAGUUGCAAUCCUUGUGUGCUUCAGGCUGCUGUAACAUUACCGAUGCCAUCCUGAACGCCCUGGGACAGAACUGCCCGAGGCUCAGAAUAUUAGAAGUUGCAAGGUGUUCUCAGCUAACAGAUGUGGGCUUUACCACUCUAGCUAGGAACUGCCAUGAACUUGAAAAAAUGGACCUGGAAGAGUGUGUCCAGAUAACAGACAGUACGCUGAUCCAGCUUUCCAUACACUGUCCACGGCUUCAGGUUCUGAGUUUGUCCCACUGUGAGCUGAUCACGGACGACGGGAUUCGUCACUUGGGAAACGGCGCCUGCGCGCACGACCGCUUGGAGGUGAUCGAGCUGGACAACUGCCCCUUGAUCACGGACGCCUCCCUGGAGCACCUGAAAAGCUGCCACAGCUUGGAGAGGAUAGAACUGUACGACUGUCAGCAAAUCACGCGCGGAGGGCUGAGGUUUCAGACCCACCUACCCAAUAUCAAAGUCCAUGCCUACUUCGCGCCGGUGACUCCACCGCCGUCGGUCGGAGGCAGCAGACAGCGCUUCUGCAGAUGCUGCAUCAUCCUAUGA